CAAUCGACAACAGAGCUUUGCUUCUCUGGUAGCAUUCUGGACACGGUUUUGGAAGCUUUCCAUCAACCUGCUAUGCGUGUUGUGGCCUGUCACCUCAGUACUAGCACUGCUGUAAAAGAAGGAAGAGGAAAAAUUCACAUCACAGAGGGAAAAAUACAGGCAGCAUCCAAGUGAAACGAGACAGGAAUCUAGAAGGAGACAAAACCUGCAGCAGUGUUGGCACAUCUCCCUCCCACUGCUAAGCCUGAAGAACUUGCCUUCCUGACACAGACAGCAAAAGCUCCAACACCGUCAGCUGACGACUGUGUGUCAGGAUUGAAGCCCAUACACCCAAAGAGGCAAAGAAGAAAUGGCUGAAGGGGAAAUAACAACGUUCAUGGCUCUGACAGAAAAGUUUGACCUUCCAAUGGGGAAUUACAAGAAGCCCAAGCUGCUUUACUGCAGCAAUGGGGGCCACUUUUUGAGGAUACUUCCUGAUGGCAAAGUAGAUGGCACGAUGGACCGAAAUGACCCACACAUUCAAUUGCUGCUAAGUGCAGAAAAUAUGGGUGAGGUGUAUAUAAAGAGCACGGAGUCUGGACGGUACUUGGCUAUGGAUGACAAUGGACUUUUAUACGGGUCGCAGUUACCAACAGAAGAUUGUUUGUUUCUGGAAAAGAUGGAAGAAAACCAUUACAAUACCUAUACAUCAAAGAAGCAUGCAGAUAAGAACUGGUUUGUUGGCUUAAAAAAGAAUGGAAAAAGUAAACUGGGACCACGGACUCAUUUUGGCCAAAAAGCAAUACUUUUCCUUCCCCUACCAAUAUCUCCCAAUUAGACAGUACCCCACGACAGUAAAGUAUAUCUCUUAGGAAUCGGAUUAACACCCAAUAGCCUUUCCAUCUCCUCUCCUUUUAUUCUGCUACUUUCGGGAACAUUAAAAAGUGAGGGGCAAAAUGUGUUAGACAAAAACAAACUACAUUAAAUAUGCACCUACUGCUGACAUAAUAAAGAGACAUCCUAUAAUAUUGCCUCCAAAAUGAACCAAGUCAACAAUAGUCAUAGAUGUACGUGCAGCUCCUACAGUCAUCCAUAGACAGGCUUCCCUUUUUUUUGAAAUAUGUAUUUAGAUAGUAUAAUGUUCAAAGACAGCUUUUCAUAAUCCUUGUGUAGCUUGUGGAAGCAUAAUCAACAACACUGAAGUUAGUCUCUCAUAUGAAACAAAUUGUGUACUUUUUAGGAGCAAAACCAUAACCUUUUCUUCAAGUAAUAUUGCACUGGUUCUUGAUAACAUCUGUUAUAUGCAAUGUGUAUUUAUUAAGUAAAAUUGUAUUCAUUCUAAAGUGUUCAACAAUUUUAGCUGUAAACGAUCAAAGGGGGAAAGAAAUUAGAAGGUCCUAUUUCGGUAAUGAAAUGACAAAACAUGGAAAAAUGCAAUGGACACAAUGGAGGUGAGAAUAAACUUCUGUAAAUGCAAUUGAAAUCAGUGGGACUGAGCUAUGUGCCUAAAUCACAUUUAUUUUAAUGGGAUUAAAGAGUGUGAUCCACAACUUAGUUGUACUGUUUUGAUGAUGAUGUCUUCCAAAACCAACUCAAUCAAAUGAACACAGCAACCCACAGGGAUACCUAAAGUCAAGAGGCAGCACGACCCACAGGUCACAUAACAAGCUCCAGCCCUGCACUGAUUGAGGGUCAAACUAUGACCAGGGACCUGCUGGUUCAAAUCCCCACUUUACCCUAAAACUUACUGGAUGACUUUGGGCCAGUCCCUUCCCCUCUCUCAGUUCCCUCUCCUUUAUAGGUUGUGAUGAUGAAAUGGGGAGAGGGAUCCAUGAUUGCCUCUAAGGAAGGAUGGAAUAAAGAUAAAGUAACUAAAGCCCAUCACGGCAGCAUCCAUAGAAACAGUGUCACAUCUGGGCUUUGGCUUCAGUCUGAUGUUAUUUCUCCCAUCAGAUUCAGUAGCAUCAAGAGCAGCAGCAGCAUUUUCAUCAUCUGUUUCACAGCUUUGGGGCCGCGCAGUUUCUGGUAUGCCUGAAUUUUCCUAAGCCUCCAGAAACACUGGUACAGUUUGGUACAGUGCUGCACAGCAAAGCAGGUUUUUCUGGGCAACAUGAAGCAUGAUCGGAAUCCACUCCAAUUCCUAUGUCUUAAAUACCCAGAUUCCAAGUGUUACGCUUGGAUCACUUCUCCGUGUCUUGCCAUUAUUACAUGCCUGAUGGUCCUUAAGUGAUUGAAGGCCAUAGUUAUAGCCUAGAUCCACUCAGUUCCAUUGAUUGCCUUGUUGUUGUUGUUUUUUCUUAGACUGAGCCUGUUUAAAUACUGUUAUCUUUGGUAAAAGAGGUUUCAGGAUACCACUCUAAAUCUGCCAGUGGCAAAGCCACACUGAAUUUUUUUCAUCCAAAGACAAAUAUUAUUCAUCACUAUUAUCUUACUGCAUUUGUAAACUUGCUUGACCAGCCAUUUGCUUUGCAUGCUGCAUUUUCCUAUUGCUAGGGGAGGCAAAUGGUAUUUUGCUGUUCUGACGUCUGGCUUCCUCGGUAUGCUUUUACUUUCAGAUGAACUUCAAUAAAAGCAAAGCAUUCAGAUUA